AUGGGUAAAAAAGCGAAACAAGAUCUUCCGCUUCAUAAAGUCAUUAUGGUUGGUUCAGGCGGUGUUGGUAAAUCAGCUUUGACUUUACAAUAUAUGUACGGUGACUUUGUUGAGGAAUACGACCCAACAAAAGCAGACUCUUAUCGUAAGAAAAUAUCUUUAGAUGGACAAGAAUGUCAGAUUGACAUUCUAGACACAGCCGGACAGGAAGAAUAUGCUGCCAUUCGUGAUAAUUAUUAUCGGUCUGGUGAAGGAUUUCUGUGUGUUUUCUCUAUUUGCGAGUAUGAAUCAUUUGCACAUACUCAAGAUUUCAGAGAUCAAAUUUCACGAGUACUUGAUGAUGAUAGCAUACCUUUUAUUCUUGUUGGUAAUAAAGCCGAUUUAGCUCAGAUUCGUAAAGUUUCCGAAGAGGAAGCUAGGAAUAGGGCACGUGAAUGGAAUUGUAGUUAUUAUGAAACUUCGGCAAAAACACGACUGAAUGUCAAUGAAGUAUAUACUGAUUUAAUGAGAAAAAUAAAAAGUCGCAAGGAUGCUAACAAGGAGAAAGAAAACAAGGCUUCCCUUGAUUAUUUACUUCAGGAUCCUUGA